GGUGAUGGGAACAGCCGACGCGCCGGCCGGGAGCGGAAGAGCGCCACCCGACGACGAGGAGCCGAGCAGGCGGCUGCGUGGCCGUAGCACGCGACUGCCGCGGCGCGGCUGGCGAAUUAGGAGGUAAACAGAACAAGAGAGGGGGAUAAAGUGGUUUCUUUGAAUGAUCCACCACACUACGAACAAGGUUUUGGCUUGAGCUUUGUGUUGCUAACAAUGGAUUCUAAGACCAUAUGCCGGACCAAAGUCUGUGAUGUUCCCAACACCAUCAAAGUUCCCUCUGUUUGGUCUAUUAGUAGCAAGUUCAUGCCAACUAGGGAAUACCGCCAGAGUGAUUUCCUGAAAUUUUCACUACUUCCUGAUCCGGAAGAUGGUAACCAGGCAAAGGAAUGGGAAAGGUUUACAGGCUACCUUCGCGAAAGUGGCAAGGCCAGUAUUGUUAAAUUCAGCUCUGGAACCUUGCACAUUCUUGCUCCUAAACCUCAUUCUUCCUCUCAUGUGGUGAUCUUGUAUGAGACCGGAAUAAAAGAGCCUGGAGUCUGCAAAAAUAUGGCAGGGAUAUCUGGGAUAUCCAACGAGAGUGGGGAGAUUUGUGAUAACACAUCACAUCCUAUGGAGAUAAUUUCUUCACCAAAACACCAUAAUCAACAUGGAAUUUUGAACCCAGCAGUGACGAAGGGAGCAUCUAUUGUUAUAAGAAAUUUUGUCAGCACAAACCCUAAUUAUCUACGAACUCUUAGUCAGGCACAUGCUGGCUGGAUCUUUGGAGCAAUAGCAGAGCUCAUUGAUAACUCCAGGGAUGCUGGUGCAUCCAGGUUGGAUAUUUCCAUCCAAUCUAUGUUUUCAAAGCAAGCAGGGCAAAAAGUUCCUGUCUUAUGUGUUGUUGAUAAUGGCCAUGGAAUGACUUAUGCCCAAAUGAUGAGAAUGGUCUCAUUUGGUCACAAAGGACCAAAUGAACACUGCCAGGAUCAGAUUGGGAGGUUUGGAAUUGGAUUUAAGACUGGUGCUAUGAAACUUGGGAGAGAUGCAUUUGUUCUUACCCAAACUUCAACGUCCAGAUCAGUAUCCUUUCUAUCCCAGUCUUUUAAUGAAAAUAAAGACAAUCUUGAGAUCCCUGUGGUGACAUAUUGCAAGAAAGAUCAAUACAUGGAAGUUGAUUUGGGUGUGCAAUCUGAAGCUACUGCAGAAUAUAACCUGAAUGCUAUCAAGAAAUUUUCCCCAUUUAAUGAGUAUUUCAUUGGAGAAAAGGUGGGCUUAUUUGGUGAAGAGGGCACUGGCACACAGGUUUACAUAUGGAAUUUGGAUAGAUGGGGUACAGAUUACACCUUGGAGUGGAACUCACAAAAAACUGAUGAAAGCCCUGACAGUCAUGGUAAUGGGGACAUAUUAAUCCGUUCAAAAAGAGUCAGAUCACGUCCAGGACAAACAAAUGGCAAUGUACCCUUGGAUUAUUCACUUAAAGCUUAUGUAGAAGUUAUGUUUCUGAAUCCUCAGAUGAAAAUUACUGUCCAAGGGUCUCCGUCUUACAAACGAGUUGGAGCUCAAAAGCAUAAUGCUGACACGGGCCGUGGAAUAAUAGGAGUUGUAGAUAUUACAAAUCUCAUUGAUGAUAAAGAUGGUCAUACUUGGGUUCUUAACAGUAAACAGGGGUUUCAAGAUUGUGAGAUAUAUGCAGAACUGGAGGAGUGGCUUGGUAGAAAAACCGAUGAAUACUGGGAUGCAAAUUUUGACCCUCUUAAUUUGGUUUUGCUACAUGCCACCUUUCAAUGGGCACUGUGAUAUUCCAGAGCAACAAAUGGAGGUUGGUGUGAUCACAGUUGCUGAGAAGAGAUGCGGCCACAAUAAGGCAGCCCAGCGGGAGGUUCAGAGAUCCAGCCAAGAUGAAGACGUGAAGAACGUCAGGUUAAUCCCACCAGCCGACAGCAAGGGAAACGGGAAGAGAUCUUCUUCAGGUUCCAUGAGCUUGGAAGACGAUCUCUCGCAAGCCGAGUCGGGUACCACUCAGCCCCCUUUGAAGAGGCUGUCGAGGGGUCCGAGAGCAGCUGUAAGAAACAGUGCUGAAUGAGUACGCCUGUUGUAGGCACGAGUGGCUACCCUGUUGUGAAGCUCCAUGUGGCCAUGUGGGGUCAUCGCACGAAUCUUCAGGCACCUUUGGUCAACAAAAUGGAGCUGCAGGCCACACCCUUCCGUUGCUUCUGAAUGACUUGAUCGCUUUCCGCUUCCUUCUAAAUGUUAUGUGAAGUGGUUUUUUUUUUACUCUUUCGAAUGUACUGUAGUUAGUGACAUAGCUACAAACUUAUCAUUACAAGACCAAAAUAAGGAUAUGGCACUGCCUCAUUACCUCAGUUUGCAUUGCAUGCAAACAAUAUGUGUACUCGUCGUGCUUCUGAGCUCUAAAAUCCUCUCUGUGUCUAUUUUGUACCACAUGACACAUUCCAGUCAUACGUCAACCCCUAGAGCAGGUUAUGCGUACGAGAUGUAAUUUGUGGCUGGCCAUUCAGAUUCAAUACAUUUUAUAGUACUAUGUGAAGUUUUUGGGUGUA